AUGAGAGGUGAGUUCAAUGGCCUUAAGACAAAGAUUUUGAGAGAACAACCUUGUGCAUUUUAUGUUCAUUGUUUUGCUCAUCAACUUCAACUAGCUCUUGUUGCGGUAGUAAAGAAAAACAUUGAUGUCAAUUCUUUUUUCACAACGGCUAAUAGUUUGGUUAAUGUUGUUGGAGCAUCUUGUAAGCAUCAGGAUGCACUUAGAGCACAAUACCAAGAAGAGAUUGUGAGAGCUUUUGAAGAAGAUUGUCUUAUAACGGGGCGGGGCUUAAAUAAAAAAAAUACUCUCAAACGUGCCGGCGAUACACGAUGGAACUCACAUUAUGGUACGUUGAUUAGUAUCAUUUCUAUGUUCCCAUCUGUGGUGAAUGUGCUUCAAAUGAUUGUUGAUGAUAAUCCUAAUGAUAGUUCGGGUGAAGCCUAUAAGUUAUGGAGAGAAAUACAAUCUUUUGAGUUUGUGUUUCACUUAUUUUUAAUGAAAGCUAUAUUGGGAAUAACAAACACUUUGUCUCUAGCAUUGCAAAAGAAAGAUCAAGACAUUGUAAAUGCAAUGAGUUUAGUGACAACAUGCAAGGAAAACCUGCAGUUCAUGAGGGAUAAUGAGUUUGAAGAAUUGGUUGAGCAAGCAUCUUCGUUUUGUUACAAACAUGAUAUUACCGUUCCUACCAUGGAUGAGGAAUAUGUAAUUUCAGGGAGAUCACGGCGUAAUGCUCCAAUGAAGACAAAUUAUCAUCGUUAUCGUGUGGAGAUCACGAUGUAA